UCCCACCCCGCAGCGCCUACAGCGAGGCCGCCACCCUCAGACCCCUCAGCUCCGAGACGUGCCGGGGACGAGGAGGAAGAGGAGGAGGAGAAGGAGGAAGAGGAGGAGGAAGAGGCGGCCCAGCCCGGAACCCUGUGCUCGCUGCCGGCGCCGCACCCGGAGCUCUGCGGCUGGUGCACGGCGGCGGCUGAGGGCAGCGAUCGCCAUGCCAAAGUUACCGAAAAGCAAAGGAGCGAAACAAGAGAAAAAAGUUAUCCAUCCUUACAGCAGAAAAGCUGCACAACUUGCAAGGGAAGCACACAAACAAGAUAAGAAAGAAAAGUUGAAGAUUGAAAAAGCUUUGCGUUUGAAUAUUAUUGGAGAAAAGUUGCAAUGGUUUCAAAGUCACCUUGACCCCAAUAAAACUAGCUACACAAAGAAGGAAGCUUGUGAACUACUUGAAGAAUACAUGUGUCGAUUCAGUGAUGAACUGGAGCAGAUUGAAUUACGAAACAGUAUUAGAGGUAGACAGGGAAGACAGCAUGGGUCACGGGAAGCUGUCAUCAAGCAGACCAUGGAACGAGAAAGACAGCUCUAUGAAGGCUAUGGGAUAGAAAUCCCAGACAUUGUGAACGGCAAGCACCUUAAAUUUUUCAGGGAAUGGAAUGGUGAUCUGAAGAAGCUGCCAAACAUUAAAAUGAGAAAGCUGUCAGUAAGGGAUGCUAUCUGUAGUCACACUGAGGUGGCAGAUGUGGAAAACAAAGAAGAAUCAAGUAAAGCAGAAGAUGUGGUCUCAUGACCUCCAGCUGACUCAAGCAGCUGAAGGGAACUGUAAGAAGCCUAUUUUGAUGAGCACUGGAAACAAGAAUAAAACUAGUGUUUCUUAUUAUAUUUUCAUAGUCUUUGCUAAUUGCAUUUUUGAUAAGCUCACUGUGUACUUAAGCUAGAAAGCAAACAUUUAGCAGCAAAUUACUGUUUAGAUACAAUUUUCUUAGCUAAAUAAAACUUAGUAUUUUGUGUCCUUACCUCUCAUACUGUACCUGCUCUUUAGGACACAGGCUUCUAAGUUGAGAAAUUGCCCAUCCUGACUAGUGCAGCGCAUCUUUGUUGGUCAUAGAGCAGACAAGACUCAGGCACCUAUUAGAAAUACUUUGUGGGGGGAACUCUUACCUUUUGCUAGUAGCAGCAAGCAUACAUGCAAAAAAAAACAGGAGGUUUCCAGUUAAACAGCAGGCCCCCAGUUACAGCUUUUAUAUACCCCUUGUGGUGGUGGGUGGGGUCCUUAGGAGCACACAGGUUUGUGGAAAGUCGUGAUAGGCAGCAAAUGGGGGUGUUGCACGGCACAAAUCAUUCAGCUCAGGUGUAAGGAAUACACCUGCUUGGUGAAAACAUAUACACAGAUAAUGAGAUAAUCAGUUAAGUGUGAAGAACUUUCACCCUAUACCCUCUGAGAAUCUGUCAGGAACAGAGACAGCUGGUAAGACGUCAACAAAGCAGUGAGUAUUUUAUGUUUUGUCAAGAGAAUGAGAGAAUUACACUGUUCUCUCCACGCUGUAUUGAAGAAGUCAGGCCAGAAGCCAAUUAAAAUUCAUAUAGUGUGUUUUUAAAUGUCUCUUUAGUUUAGUUUAUUUUUUUUUCUGUCCCCUCUUUUGAGAAAAAAAGGCAAAGGUAAUGACAGGGUGAAUUUCACACCAGGACAUUUCUGAUUGAUAGGCCAGGUUAGUUUGCCUUGUAGUCACAGUUCAGAUGUACGGUCUGUAGAAAUUGUAGCACUCAUAGCUCAGUAAUCACGAGGAAAUAUAUAUUCUUGAUGGAUGAGCUUUCUAGUGCUCAAUCCCUAAUGCAUUUCUGUGUGUUAAACAGGGCUCUCUGUCUUGGUAAAUAGUUAACAGUUCUCUGAAAUUUGACAGAUACUUCAGGGUGUAUAUUUUUUUACUGUGUAGCCGUGCAGCAAGUUUUACUGCUAAGUUUUAUUCUGUUAACAGCUGUAUUAAAUUUUUCCCUUUUUACAAAAUAGGUCUGUGCUAUCAUUUCAAGUUUUAGGAAACCAAAUUCCAUAGUAAUAGGAAAUUAAUCACAGUCCUUCUUACAUGAAUAUAUAGAGAAACCUGAGUAAAUGUAACAGGCCUGAAGCAGGAACAAGUGAUCCAGUGCAUCGUCAUGUGGACUGCAAGUCUUGAGCCUGGCUGGAGGCCUUAAUGCUCUGACACCAGCUAUAGCUGUAGGCCAUCACAUCACGGUUUUGUGUUUUAGAAAUGAGUGUGCUGAAGUUCAGAGCAUGUCUUUGACAUUUUUCUCUUUUUUUCUCUUGUUAAAAAACUGUAGUGGAAUUUAUUGAUUGAUUCCGCUUGUUUUGAUUUAUAAAUCCUGCAGUGCUAAACUCCAGUAGAAGCUGAACCACAGUAGGCAGUAAGUCUGAACUAAAGCUGUGUACAUGUUUGUUCAGUGGUCUGACAGAUUCUGCCUUUCAGAAAGCUAUACCUUCAAGUUAGUCUUUUAGACACCACCAGAUGUACUUUGAAGUUGGAAAAAUUGCUGUCCUACCACACUUGGUAAAAUACUGAAGUAAAAUGAGCACUAAGAUAACUACAAGUUUUAACAUGUCACUGUGAUAACAGUCUGUUAGGCUGGCAUUCGGGUGAAUGCUUUAAAAAAAGAUUAUCACACAAAGUUAUGGAGUACGAGACAUUUUAUAUUCCUUGAAACAAUUCACUAAUAAGAAGGUAUUAUAAAAAAAAAGUAGUUGUUACUUUUGUGGUUGAUGUAGUCAAAGAUUUUAUUUUUUUUAAUAUUGCUCACACUUGAAGAACAUUUGCGAUUCGGACUUCAUUGAGCUUUGUGGGUUUUCUCUCUUGAAGUCCACGUGUUCACUGCUUGUUUAGCUGUCUUUUAAACUAUCUUGUUGACCUGCUGCAUAAAUAAUGAAAAAGAACUGUGUUCAUCUUUAACUUUUUAUAUUGAAUUAUCAGAAGAAAAAAAAUGCAUUUUUAAUUUCUGCACUCGGAAUGUUUGUGCCUUAGGUGAGGGGGUUAGAGGGAGUAUUUUGCCUUAUGCUACAGAGACAAGAUAGCGGAAUUUCAUACAUCAGUUUCAUAAUCCUAUCAGUCCUGCACUUUAGGGUUUUGCAUAGUGAUGAGUUUGUUCUUUGUGCUAGAAAAAAAAAGGAUGAAUGCUCUCAGGAGUUCUGAAUUUUGUUCUUUGCUUCUUAGAAAUCCAGAAGGAAGUUGGCUGUAAUGGCAAAUAUGGCUGUGAUGGUCCCUGUUCUUACAAAUUUGCUGUGGGGGAUACCUUGAAAUCCUGCUUACUUGUAAGGGUUAUAAACUUUAACGUUAAAAUCCUCUAUUAUAAUUCUCUGUAAAUGA